GAGUUUCUCAUUGCCUCUUGGUUCCAAUGAGGUGUGGGACUUUCCAGCUUGUCCCCUCCCCCUUACUGUCUUACUAUGCCAGACAGUAAGCAUGCCUGCCGUUUUCUUUGGAGGGAGACAGUAUCUGUCUCUCAAGGAUGCACUCUAUACCAAACGUAGUCCAGAACAAAGGACAGUACAGUGCCUUAUUUGCAAGAUGUCCAAAUACACGAGACCUAUUGGUAUGUUUGUUGGGAGAAUUGUCUCCCAACAAAGGCUACACACAGAAGGAGAAAAAAAUCUCUUAAAAAAAGAAAGAGGCGGAGCCGGCGGGAACCGAGAGGGGGCCUCAGUCUCCUUCCCCUCCCCUCGCCUGUUCCCGCCAUCUUCUCCUCGCAGCCGGACGGGAACUAUGUGAUCCCAGAAGUUUCCGGGCCUUUGGAACUAUGUGACCUCGGAAGUUCCGGGGCGUUCCGUGGCCUUUGGGGUGUGGGAUAAGCAGUAAUGGCGGAGGCUGCAGCUCCCGGAACAAUAGCCACAAUAUUAGGAGCAGCAGUGGCGGAGGAGGAGGCAGCGGCCGCCUUCUCCACACCGAUCCUCGCAGUCACCGCCCUGUCCCCGAGGACGGACAGAGGGGGCGGAGGCAGCGACGGCAGCUACGGCGGCAGUAGCCCCAGUGGCGCCCGGGGCGCCAGCGGUCUCAAUGGCGCCCACGGCGCCAGCAGAGCCAGCAGUGCCGGUGACGACAGCUGGACUAAACAGGUCACUUGCACGUAUUUUAUGCAUGGGGCUUAUAAGGAAGGUGAUAACUGUCGCUAUUCUCAUGAGCUCUCUGAGAGUCCGCAUGGUGUAGUGUGCAAGUAUUUUCACCAAGGGUGCUGUAUUUAUGGAGACCGCUGCAGAUAUGAGCAUAGCAAGCCACUGAAGCAGGAAGAAGCAACCUCUACAGAGCUAACUACAAAGUCAUCACUUGCUGCUUCCUCAAGUCUCUCAUCGAUAGUUGGACCACUUGUUGAAAUGAAUACAGGUGAAGGUGAGUCAGAAAAUUCAAACUUUGCAACUAUAGGACCAGGCUCAGAGGACUGGGUGAAUGCUAUUGAGUUUGUUCCUGGGCAACCCUACUGUGGCCGUACUGUGCCUGUCUGCACUGAAGCACCCCUGCAGGGCUCAGUGACCAACGAAGAAUCAGAGAAAGAGCAAACCAACAUGGAAACAGAAAAGCAGCUGUGCCCCUAUGCUGCAGUGGGACAGUGCCGAUAUGGGGAGAACUGUGUGUAUAUCCACGGAGAUUCAUGUGAUAUGUGUGGGCUGCAGGUCCUGCAUCCAAUGGAUGCUUCCCAGAGAUCACAGCAUAUAAAAUCGUGCAUUGAGGCCCAUGAGAAGGACAUGGAACUCUCAUUUGCUGUGCAGCGCAGCAAGGAUAUGGUGUGUGGGAUCUGCAUGGAGGUGGUCUAUCAGAAAGACAACCCCAGUGAGUGCCGCUUCGGGAUCCUCUCCAACUGCAACCACACCUACUGUCUCAAGUGCAUUCGCAAGUGGAGGAGUGCCGAAGAAUUUGAGAGCAAGGUCGUAAAGUCCUGCCCACAAUGCCGAAUCAGAUCUAAUUUUGUCAUUCCAAGUGAGUACUGGGUGGAGGAGAAAGAAGAGAAGGAGAAACUCAUUCAGAAUUACAAGGAGGCAAUGAGCAACAAGGCAUGCAGGUAUUUUGAUGAAGGACGUGGGAGCUGCCCAUUUAGAGAGAACUGUUUUUACAAGCAUGUGUACCCUGAUGGCCGUAGAGAGGAGCCACAGAAACAGAAAGUGGAAGCAUCAAGCAGAAACCAGGCACAAGGAAGCAACAGCUUCUGGGAAUUACUUGACGAAGAAGCAAACAGCAACCCUUUUAACAACAAUGAGCAGAGCGAGAUGUUGCUUAUGCUUUCUUCUGCAGGUGGGGAGGACGAACUGACACACUCUGAAGAUGAGCGGGAUGUGUUUCGUGAUGAAGAAUUUUAUGUCUUAGAUUUAUAGAAACCUUUUGUGGUGUGUGAACUGGUCAGCUGAACCCAGAGAGCAGCUGUCUCCUGUGUUGAUGUGCCAGUGUGUGUGUUCUCUCCUAGGCAGGCCUAUCAACUCCAGGUGCUGUCACAAGAAUUUUUACCCAGGGCCUGUCUUCUCAAUCCCUCACCUUUCCCUGGGAAGUAUGUUGUUUUCCCUGUUGAAAAAAAUUUAAAAAUUAAAACUUUUUCUUUUUCUGUACAGCUAGAAGAACUGUUGGAGUAGGACAAAAGUAAAUCUUAAAGUUAGUGUUUGUUUGUUUUUUCUGAGACAGUCUCACUCUGUCGCCCAGGCUGGAGUGCAGUGGUUCCAUUUCGGCUCACUGCAACCUCUGCCUUCCAAGUUCAAGCCAUUCUUCUGUCUCAGCCUCCCAAGUUGCUGGGACUUCAGGUGCAUGCUGCAAUGCCCGGCUAAUUUUUUAAUAUUUUUUGUAGAGAUGGGGUUUCACCAUAUUGGUAAGGCUUGUCUUAAACGCCUGACCUCAGGUGAUCCACCCGCCUCAGCCUCCUGAAGUGUUGGAAUUAUAGGCGUGAGCCACUGUGUCCAGCCUUUUUUCUUUAUUUUUUUUUUUUUGAGAUGGAAUUUCACUCUUGUUACCCAGGCUGGAGUGCAAUGGCGUAAUCUCGGCUCACCACAACCUCCACCUCCUGGGUUCAGGCAAUUCUCCUGCCUCAGCCUCCUGAGUAGCUGGGAUUACAGGCACGCACCACCGUGCACAGCUAAUUUUUUGUAUUUUUAGUAGAGACGGGGUUUCACCAUGUUCACCAGGAUGGUCUCGAUCUCUUGACCUCGUGAUCCACCCACCUCGGCCUCCCAAAGUGCUGGGAUUACAGGCGUGAGCCAUUGCGCCCUGCCCAGCCCAGGCUUAAAGUUAGUUUUUUGUAACAGGCAUGAACCACCGUGCGUGGCCUGAAAGUUAGUUUUUUUUGUUUUUUGUUUUUUUUGAGACAGAGUUUCCCUCUUGUUACCCAGGCUGGAGUGCAAUGGCACGAUCUCGGCUCACUGCAACCUCUGCCUCCUGGGUUCAGGCAAUUCUCCUGCCUCAGCCUCCUGAGUAGCUGGGAUUACAGGUGCGCGCCACCAUGCCCAGCUAAUGUUUUGUAUCUUUAGUAGAGACUGGGUUUCACCAUUUUGACCAGAAUGGUCUCGAUCUCUUGACCUCGUGAUCCACCCGCCUCAGCCUCCCAAAGUGCUGGGAUUACAGGCUUGAGCCACCGCGCCCGGCCAAAGUUAGUUUUUUGUAGCAGGCAUGAGCCACCAUGGCCAGCUGUAAAGUCAGCUUUCUGUGACAGGAAUUUAACUGUUAGACAGUAUGGGUGUGUUACAUCAUGUGUUUUUCAAUCAGAUUGUGUUUUUGAACUUUUCACACACUCAUUUUUGGACCCCAGGUUCGAAAGUAAAAACAGUGGCCCUGCUUUUGGGGUCCAGGAACAGGAAUGAUGGGUGAAGGGACCUAAGCUGGCCAAUAGCCUUCUGCUCCAUACAUGGGAUGUGGAUCCUUGAGGUUUCUGGUGAAAUUGGCACAUCUGUGUUUUUAUAUCUGUUACCUACCCCUGUAAUGCCUAUCGCAUGCACUUGUUCUGUGGUUUUAGUCUCUUGUUUAAUUGUACACAAGCAAUACUACUGGGUAACCAGAACCAGGUGCAAAUGUGUUGAGAUUUCUACUGUUUUACAUGAUAGGAAAAUUGAGAAAGAAUACAUAUAAAAGAUAUAGAAGCUUAACAUCAAUGCAGUGUUGAAAGUUGACCCCCAAGGGCUGACAUGGUGUCUGUGAGUGUGGGUGUGUGAUAAGCUUCUCAUCCCUGCAUAGGUGCAGUAUUCUUGACCUUAGUAGAAAAACUUUGUUUAGUGGUUUAAGCCUUGUGUGACAGAUAGAUCUUAAAGGACAAAGCUGUAUAUUGGUAGUUGUCAAUAUAGCAAUACUAGCUCUGUUUAUACAAAUAGAGAAAUGGGAUUAGCCAUAGAGGUUAAAACUGCCAGGUUACCCACAUAUUAACUCAAACUGGGUCUUGGAUAUACAGUUGUAUUUAAUGUUUUACCAUUUAGUCGUUCCAGUACAGGCACUUUCUGAAAAACUUUUGUCUGCAUUUGGGGCAUGUUGUUGUUGGGUUUUGCCAUGUUGACCAGGCUGGUCUCGAACUCCUGACUUCAGGUGAUCCACCCACCUUGGCCUCCCAAAGUGCUGAGAUUCCAGGUGUGAGCCACCGCGCCUAGCCUGACACUUUGAUUUUAACCCAGUAAGACCUGUACCAGACUUCUAACCUCCAAAAUUGUUUGGAUAAUAAAUUUGUGUUGUUCUAAGCCAUUCUGUUUGUGGUAAUUUGUUACAGCAGCCUGGUGCUUUGAUUUUAACCCAAU